AUGAGAGGCCACCGUUCGUCCGGCAGCACAUCACGUUUGAUCGCCGGUGAUGUAUCGCCCGUCCUUGCCAGCCCUCCCACAACUCACACCGAGGCUAGGUGGAUUUACAAAUCGACCGCCCUAUCAGAUUUCUCAUCGAGCCCCCAAGACGGUCCUGUUCGGCGAUCUGUGCCAUUAUGGCUCUUCUUGACCAUUGCCAUGUUUUCCUUCGUCGUGUCGUUGGCACUGGGCCUCGUCGUCGGUCUGGCAUGGCCACCGCGGUUGCCGACUGUCUUUGCCGCUACACCCUUCAACUAUAGUCACUUCUACGGGAUUCCGGAGCGCCUCGACAUUGUCCCGAUAGAACGCCUGAUCAAUAGCACGGAACUAGAUCUGCGUACUGAUUUCCAAACUUCCAAAGAGCCCGCCGUCCGCGAGUACGUCUUCAAUAUCUCUCACGCUGUCGCUGCGCCGGAUGGCUUUCAGAAGCCGAUGAUCUUGGUGAACGGUCAGUCGCCUGGCCCUCUCAUCGAGGCCAAUGUAGGUGAUACAAUUCGUGUUCAUGUUAACAACAUGAUGGCUGCACGAGACACCGCUGUUCACUGGCAUGGCAUCAACCAACACGGCUCCACGUGGAUGGAUGGUGUGGCCGGAGUAUCGCAGUGCGGCAUCCCGCCAGGCCAGAACUUCACAUAUGAGUUCGUCGUUGACAACCAGCGCGGCACUUAUUGGUGGCAUUCGCACCUUGGAGUUCAAUAUACCGACGGUGCAUACGGCCCGAUUAUAAUACAUGAUCCAGAGGAGAUGGUGCCCGAGACCGAUGAGGAGAGAAUCAUGUUUGUGGGAGAUUUGUACCACACCUACGGCUCUGUGCUCUUGGCGAGUUACCUCAACUCUUCCUCGAGGUGGGUUCCGUUCGAACCAGGCGUCGAGCCCCUGGCCGAUAACAUUGUGCUCAACGGCCAACACACGACCGAUUGCUCCGUAGCCUCUUCAACCUACCCACCGGAUACUGCUUCACCCUUUGCCUCACUCAACUGCGAGGGCGGCCAGCUGUACCAUACGACGAUUCGCCACAGCCAGAGGAUCCGACUGCGUCUGAUCAACUCAUCGUCGUUCCUAAGCUACUGGUUCAGCGUCGACAACCACACGCUCAGCAUCAUCGAGCUCGACGGCGUAGAGAUCGAGCCCAUCAGCACCCGGGGUGUGUAUCUGAACAUCGGCCAGCGCGUUUCCGUCGUCCUAGUCGCGAACCAGACCGUGGGGAACUACUACAUGCGUGCGACGCUGCCGCAGACGUGCUUCCUGCCAUAUGCGCCGUACACAAGCACGACGCUCGAGAGCGUGCAAUACGCCGCCCGCGGCAUCCUGUCGUACGAGGGGGCCGCUCCGGAUGCGGAGCCCGUCGGCGUCAGGGGCAACGUGUCAAAUCCGUACGGAGUUGAGAACAACGGGGUCAGGGGCGAUGUGUGGGAAGGCUGCGACGACAUGCCGUUCAAUAUCCCCAAGCCCAGGAGGAAACUGGCUGCCGUGGAUGUGGCGGACGGUAAUGACCAGUACAUCGAGUACAUGUUCCGGCAAGCACAGGAUGUCAAUCGGAUUUUCAUCAACAAAACCGCCUACUCCCCCCUCGAGCACAACGCUACGCUCUGGAAGGUCCCGGGCCAGGAGUUCGACCCUAGCAAGGCCAACUCGUACGGCAGCUGGGACUUUGGCUUGAACCAACAGGUCCUACUGAUCCCGCAUGCGGGCAAAGGGGCCCAGAUCGUCAUCAACUCGCGCGACGCCAUGGAACACCCGUGGCACAUGCACGGCCACACGUUUCAGAUCGUGGGCUGGGGCCCGGGUCUGUUCGGCAGCGCCGCCGCCAACAGCACGACGACGACGACAUGGAGCCUCGAGAACCCGAUGCGGCGCGACACGGUGACGGUCCCGGCGCAGAGCCACGUGGUGCUGCGGUUCGCGGCCGACAACCCGGGCCUGUGGGCGCUGCACUGCCACGUUGCCUGGCACAUGGAGGGCGGCAUGUUUGUGUCUUUGCUUGAGCGGCCGGGUGAUCUUGUCAAGAUGAUGGACGACAUGGACCCGGAGACACGGGCGCGGAGCCAAGGGUUCUGUGGCAUGGGCAAUGGUUAG